AACACACGUAACAAAGGGGGGGAUAACUAUAAGCACUUCCUGCCCUUUGUUUUGAUAGAAGCUGUCAACUUUUAACUUUAUGUAGAUUAAAACAAGGACACAGUUCAAUGGAUGCAACUGAGUUGAUCAAUAAAUAGAAGUAGCUAUAAUAUCUCUGUACAAAACAGUACUGAGUAGCUAUAAUAUCUCCGUACGAAACAGUACUAAUAAGUAGCUAUAAUAUCUCUGUACGAAACAGUACUUAGUAGCUAUAAUAUCUCUGUACAAAACAGUACUAAGUAGCUAUAAUAUCUCUGUACGAAACAGUACUAAGUAGCUAUAAUAUCUCUGUACAAAACAGUACUAAGUAGCUGAGUAGCCAGUAUGUCUGCCUCUGCUGCAAUCCGCAGUGCCAAGAAUGUCCUCCGCAAGGAGAUAAAGAAGAGGGUAGCCGUGCUAUCCGAGCAGGAGAAAGAACAGCAAUCUAGGAUUGUUGUAGAAAAGCUGUUGAAGUUACCACAGAUCCAGAACUGCCAGCGUGUGUGUCUAUAUUUAAACAUGACUGACGAGGUGAAGACUGUGCCCCUGUUAAAGACACUACUGGACACCAAGAAGGAGUGCUUUGUCCCCCAGUAUAUUGGUCUGGUAAUGAAGAUGGUGAAACUGAAGUCGUUUGAGGAAUAUGAAAGUCUGCCAAUGACGAAGUGGAAAAUAAAACAACCUGCUGAUGAUGACUUGAGGGAGGACGCUCUGAACACAGGUGGUCUGGAUGUGAUGGUGAUGCCUGGCCUAGGGUUCACCAAGGACGGAGCUCGUCUGGGGAGGGGCAAGGGCUACUACGACACCUACCUGGAGAAGUGUACCAAAGCUGGUUGUCUCCCCUUUACAGUCGCACUGGCAUUUAACGAACAGAUCUGUGAUACAGUGCCCACAGAUACAAAUGACAUACCUAUUGACCUUGUUUUGUAUCCGUCUGUUGGUUCAUAGAUAUAGUGUCAUCAGUAUAGGAACUUUUCAGUGGCACCGAGUCGUCAUUUCUUUUGAAAAUAUUUGGUUGCCUAUAAAGGAAAAAUGAUUUUUUGGAAAACAGAAUCAUGUUUCUAUGUAUGUGAAAGAUUCCAGAGGGGGAAACACAUCAAAAGCUAUUUUUUUUUAAUGUUUUGCCUUCCCCUGCAAUCAGCUGUGGAAGAGUUUGUAAAAUAGAAUGAUACAAAGCCACAUCAUUCCUGCUCAGUGAAAACUCCUAAUGUUUGUGGAAAGGCAUGCAGUUUUGACAGAAAUUUUUUAAUUGUUGACAUGAGGUAAUCUCAUCAUCAUUAUGCAUUAACAACUGCCCCGAAGGAUAGUGAUACAUUUGCCCAGGAAAAGGGAAACUACUAUUUCUGCAAUUAAAACAUAGAAACUUGCUCAGGUGAUUGUAAUUCAAAUUGCUGUCGGAUGUAAAGCAGUAAGGAUUGCUAUUCUGCUCAGGAAUGUGUGUGAAUUAAUUAAAAAAUCAACAUAGAAAUGAAUUGUUAUUAAGUUGAACCGUUUCACUUAAAUUAAAAUAUAUGUCUUAAUACAUGUAUGUUAUAAAGAUAUGAAAAGUACUUUUGAAAAGCUCAUGUAUUCUUCAAAUUUUUCAUUCAAAAUCUAGUCAUUUUCAUGUUGGUUUCAUCCAUGCUAGUAAAUACACUACUAAAUGAAUUUUCAGGUUUAUGAUAUUUGGAUUUCCUUUUUUGUUUUUACAGUAAAUUAAUGUAUUCCCGAAAUAUAUAUGUACAAUACAUUUAUCAACUUUUGUAAUUGUUGAAUUUUCUAUUUUUUUUGUAAAGAAUAUUAGAAAUAUGAAUUUUCACUUGAUCUGUCGGUACUAAUUCACAUUGUGGCAGUAUUCACAUAUUCUGUCGCCUACAUAUACCCAAUGUGUAUGGGAGCACCUCUUUAUAUGGCGGAGUGUCACAUGUUUAAAAUUGGGUUAAUACCCCACUUGAUAGUUCUGACCCUUUGCUCACUGUCAGGGCAUAUCUUAUAAGGGAUUCCACCAACUAAAUUGCCAGUUUUUGUAAACGGGUAUCUCUCAGUAAGGUGGGGUAUCUCUCAGUAAGGUGGGGGAUCUCUCAGUAAGGUGGGGAAUAUCUCAGUAGGGUGGGGUAUCUCUCAGUAAGGUGGGGUAUAUCUGAGUGAGGUGGGGUAUCUCUCAGUAAGGUGGGGUAUCUCUCAGCAAGGUGGGGUAUCUCUCAGUAAGGUGGGGUACCUCUCAGUAAGUUGGGGUAUCUCUCAGUAAGGUGGGGUAUCUCUCAAUAAGGUGAGGUAUCUCUCAGUAAGGUGGAGUAUCUCUCAGUAAGGCGAGGUAUCUCUCAGUAAGUUGGGGUAUCUCUCAAUAUGGUGGGGUAUCUCUCAGUAAGGUGGGGUAUCUCUCAGUAAGGUGGGGGAUCUCUCAGUAAGUUGGGGUAUAUCUCAGUAGGGUGGGGUAUAUCUCAGUAGGGGGGGGUAUCUCUCAGUAAGGUGGGGUAUCUCUCAGUAGGGUGGGGUAUCUCUCAGUAAGGUGGGGUAUCUCUCAGUAAGGUUAGGUAUCUCUCAGUAAGUUGGGGUAUAUCUCAGUAAGGUGGAGUAUCUUUUAGUAAGGUGGGGUAUCUCUCAGUAAGGUUGGGUAUCUCUCAACAAGGUGGGGUAUCUCUCAGUAAGGUGGGGUAUAUCUCAGUAGGGUGGGGGAUAUCUCAGUAGGGUGGGGUAUAUCUCAGUACGUUGGGGUAUCUCUCAG